AUGAGUUCCACAGGUGCUACCUCGUCACCCGUGCAUGCCGAUACGGUCCGAGGCGGGAGCUACAUCGCCGAGCUGGCCUCGUUCGUGCGACGUCACGAGUCCAAGCUCGCCGACUUUGGAAGACGACCGACCCCAUCCAGCUCUUCCCUCCCUUCGUGGUCCUCCAUCCUCUCCCUCGGAAUCAUCGCCUCGCCCGAUGCGUCCUCCCCCGUACCCAGCCACCAGCGUAAAGCGCCCCUCGUGCUCGAGUUCGAUCCGCACCACCUCUACUUCCUCCUGCUCAAAUUCGACGAGCUCGGCAUCGCCAAUCUCGGUGACCUCGAUGUGCGGAUACAGGGUGGUGUUCAUCGGCCCAUGAUGAUCGACUAUGGGCUGUCCGGCGUACCAGAGGAGGAAGCAUCGGGGUGGUUGGCAGGCGCGUUCGGAGGUGGGGGGUCCGCAUCGACGACCAGGAAGAAGGAUUCGGACACGGCCUCGUUCCGUUCGGGCAUCUCGUCCUUUUCGAUCGGUUCAGGCUGGUGGGGAUCGACCAAGGCGCCUGUUGAUGAAUCUGUCGACGUCAAGUACCUCUACGCAAGCUGCACCAAACUGCCCGCGCUCAAGCUCUCGCCCUUCAUCACUCGCUCCCGGUCAUCAUCACCCAAAGCCGCGGGACCGUUACCAGGUCACCACGCCUCCCCACUACUCUCCAAAGCCGUUCAGGACUUUCAAGAUUGCCCUCCAGAUCAGACAACUGUGCCUCUGUACGCGUUCAAGAACCUCCAAAGCCUCAUCUUGGAAGAUCUCGAUCCGAGGGGGUUCUUGGGUUGGGACGUAAUGAGCGCGCAGUUGAGGAGCCUACAGAUUCAUCGUAGCGGGAUCGAGGAUAUUGGGGAGUUGAUUUGCGAUGUCGUUGUCGAGGAUGUUGAGAGGCGGAGGAAAGGGGCCGGUCAAGUGGGGCAAGAACGGUUAAAGCGGCAGAAGGGCCCACUGUCGGCCGAGAUCGCUGUCGAGGGAGACGAGGAACCAGAGCACCCGGCCCAUGACACAUCCUUCGGCCGUACAGACGAUGGCGUACCGCCAUCCCCUUCCACUGCUUCAUAUCCGAUACCGCCUCGAUACGCAUGGUCGCAGCUGCGCCACCUCUCGCUCUCGCACAACUCUCUUACCUUCGUCCCCACACCGCCCUUGCACCACCUCGCCUCUUCUCUGACCUCCCUCGAUCUCUCCUCGAACCUCCUCAUCUCAGUCCCAACGGGUCUUUCAGCGCUCCACUCUCUCAGAUCGCUCAACCUCUCUGACAACAUGAUCGAUUCGCUCGUCGGGAUUUCCAAAAUCCUCGGAGCAGUCCAAGUCCUCAACCUCUCGCACAACCGUCUCUCGAACCUGGCCGGUUUGGAUCGGCUCCUCGCUCUCGAGCGUAUCGACGUCCGCUCGAAUCGAUUACAAGAAGCGUUGGAGAUCAGUCGAUUACAAGAAUUGCCUCUUCUGAGGGAGGUUUGGGUCCAAGGUAACCCUUUCACACGGAGUGUUCAUGAAGGAGGAGAAGAAGGAUGGAAGAACAAGUGUCUGGCCUAUUUCGAAGGAGGCCAAGUCACCUUUGACGACUUUUCCUCUUCGCGGGGCCAGAAUGGGUCCAAGUCGGAUUCGAGGGGAUCGUCGACGUUGAGGCGGACCGCGAGUGCUGCUGCGGGGUUGGGGAUGGCGGAUCGGGCCAGGACGGAGGAAGCGAGGACGGCGGGGGAGGCCAAGAUCGUCAGUCGGAGGGUGGUGACGACACCUCAUCCACAGGGCAAACAUCAUCGGAUGGCUUUGUCACCUCCUCCUUCACCUUUACCCAACGCGUCGAUGGGGGUUACUUCGACCUCGACAAUGGAAAGUUCGACUUCGCCCACAUCAUCACCUUCGUUAGGGCCGACCAAAGUCGUCAAGUCGUCCCAACCCGCACCGACAUCGACCGGUUCUGCACAUCGCAAACCGCGACGCAUCGUCAACCUCGAUGGACCCUCCCCUCAGCCCGGUGGUGAUUCCUCAGGCAUGAGCGACGUAGACCACCACCACCAGUCUCCGAAGCCGAAUCCAGGCAGCCGAACAGUAAAAUCCCUUUCCUCCGCGACCGGUUCCUCCCUGACAUCCCCAUCCAAGCCCUCAGCCCGGCGACAACGACUCUCCGCCUCGACUUUCGAGCCCCCCAUAUCACACCUCUCCACCUCCCCUCCGAACAGGGAUCAUUCCCCUUCCCGCGGAGGCGACCUCAAGUCUGCCUCUUCAGGUUCGGGAUCAGGUACUGAGAAUAGCGGAGAGGCUUUUCGGAAGAAGAUUGAGCAGUUGAGGAAUGAGGUUGGAGAGAGUUGGUUGAGUGUGUUGGGCGAACGACAGGAGAGGGAGGCGAGGCAAGCUGCGAGGGCUGAGGGGAGUGCGAAUGCGAAUGCGAAUGCGAGUGCGAGUGCGAGUGGUGGGGAGGCAAACAAGGUCGUUGAACGACCACCUGUCGAGGAUGCGCAGGUGGAGUCUUCUUCUCCGGUGACGACGAAGGAGGAUGAACCUGUAGCUGAAGAAGCAGUCACCACAGCAACGAUGACCAAGGUCGUCAAAGCCCAUAAUGACGGCGAUCCGACAUCGACGGCUAAGAAGGGGAAGAAGAAGAAAAAGAGCGGCAAGAAGAAGUGA